AUGGUACUUGCUACUCCACCGGAACCUUUAAAGAAAUUUGCGCGAAUAUGCAAAAUUGCGCAGGAUUAUGAAAAUACAGAUCCAGUCAUUACUUACUAUUGUAAUUUUGCUAUUCCUGAAUACAAUUGCAAGGAAUCAAGGGAUUUUAUAACAAAGUUGCUGGAUUUCCUUACAGCUGCCAAAAAAACUAACUCAGAAGACCCCUUAUACACAGAGGAGUCUGUUGGGCUGGAUUAUGUUCAGAACAAGGCCUUAGAUCUGUUCACGUUGGCCUUUAAAAAAGAUGAAUCUGCUACUGUAAACGCGUUCUUAGUAGCUGGGUAUCUUUUUGAGGUUCUUACCCUAAAUGGAGAAACCAAAGAAGAAAUAACAAACGCGAGGAAGUAUGCCAAAUUCAAGGUAGUUCACAUCAUUGACUGCAAAAAACGUGGUAAACAGCCCACUGCCGGACCUCUGAAAGAAGGCGAUGCUUCUUCAGUUCCAAGUAUAACUAUGAGUUCGUUCCUACUUUGA